GUAAUUUGGCAGGCGGCGUGCGCGGAUCGGUAGAAUCCAGAGAAUUAGCGAUCGGCAACGGAAUCGGGAGAUCAACAGUUGUUUUAAAAUCGAAACGAGACAGCAAACAUCGAACCGAAAGUGUUAGCCCACUCUCUCUCUCUCUCCAUCUCAUCUCAUCUCCGUUUUCGUAAUUGCGCGUGCGCCAAGGAAUUAAGAAACCGAUAUAGAAACUCGCCUCGAAACCGGGGAAAAUCGAGGAAAAUCGGAGAGUUCAGUGCGCGACCGUACGAAUUGAGGAUCCGCCGUUGUCCUUAAACCCGUAACCGUGGCGAAGGAACUGGCCAACCUGUUGACGCAGCAGAACAACAGUCCCGAGAUGACUCAACAGCCGCAAUGGGGCAUAAGCCUGUCGAGGUUUUUCGUGAUCCCGCAGCGAGUGAUCCUGGCCAUCAUGGGCUUCCUGGCCAUCCUGAAUGCCUACACGAUGCGCGUCUGUCUCUCGCAGGCCAUCACGGUUCUGGUCGUCAAGAAGAAUUCCACGGACGACGGGUCCGAUACAGCGAUCUGCGAACCCGAUGACUUGGACGUGGGAACUAGCAAUGGCGGCAACUAUGAGUGGUCCGAGGAGCUGCAAGGAUUGAUCCUCUCCUCCUUCUACAUUGGUUAUAUUGUCACCCACAUCCCCGGCGGUCUGCUGGCCGAGAAGUUUGGCGGCAAAUGGACCCUAGGCCUUGGAAUCCUGUCCACCGCCGUGUUCACUAUGCUGACGCCUUUGGCCAUCGAAAAGGGAGACUCUGACUGGCUGAUCGUGACCCGAGUUCUGAUGGGUCUGGGCGAGGGAACCACCUUCCCCGCCUUGAGUGUCCUGCUGGCUGCCUGGGUUCCUGCCAACGAACGUGGAAAGCUGGGUGCUCUGGUGCUGGGUGGUGGUCAAGUCGGCACCAUCAUGGGCAACCUAUUGUCGGGAGUGUUUAUCGAUGCUUAUGGCUGGGAGUUUGUGUUCUACUUCUUCGGCGGUCUGGGAUGCAUCUGGUUUGCCAUCUUUGUCUUCCUCUGCUACAGCGACCCCACCUCGCAUCCCUUCAUCAAGCCCAGCGAGCGCGAGUAUCUGAUCAAGGAGAUUGGCACCAUUAGCCGCAACGAGGACCUGCCCCCCACCCCGUGGAAGGCCAUCCUCACCAACCUGCCCAUGUUCGCUCUGGUGUCCGCCCAGAUCGGUCACGAUUGGGGCUUCUACAUCAUGGUGACGGAUCUGCCCAAGUACAUGGCCGACGUCCUCCAGUUCUCGAUCAAGGCCAACGGCCUGUACUCCUCGCUGCCCUACAUCAUGAUGUGGAUAGUGUCCGUGGGCAGUGGCUUCGUCGCCGAUUGGAUGAUCCGCAGUGGCUGGAUGAGCACCACGAACACCCGAAAGUUGAUGACGGGUCUGGCCGCUUUCGGUCCGGCCGUCUUCAUGGUGGGCGCCUCGUACGCCGGCUGCGAUCGAGUCCUCGUCGUGAUUCUCUUCACCAUUUGCAUGGGUUUGAUGGGCGCUUACUACGCGGGCAUGAAGCUGAGCCCCCUGGACAUGAGUCCAAAUUACGCCGGAACCCUGAUGGCCAUCACCAACGGAAUAGGAGCAAUCACUGGAGUGAUUACGCCAUAUCUGGUGGGCGUGAUGACACCAAAUGCCUCGCUGCUGGAGUGGCGUCUUGUGUUCUGGGUGGCUUUCGGCGUGCUCUGCGUCACCGCCGUAGUCUACUGCAUCUGGGCUUCCGGAGAGGUACAGCCGUUCAACAACGCCCCAAUCCAGCCACGCACCGUGGACUUCGAGGCGCAGGAGCGCAAGCCGGAAGCCGGAAAGUCCAGGGGUCUGGAGCAGAGCUCUUAAGGCGGAUCGCCAACGAAAGUGCCAUAUACACAUACAUUGUAAUCUAGUUAAAAUGCUAUCUACGUGGAUUCGUGAUCCGCAACGAGUCGAUACCAAGGGCAUUGUCAUACUGUAUGCGCCGUGCCUGUUGUUCAGAUUGCUAGUUUUAUAGUAUUCCCGAUCUGGCCGAUCCCUGGCUAAGGCGCCAACCAACUAAUUUAAGCGAAUUUACUUACACUCCCCAACGUGCGCAGUGUUCUUCUAUGUGUAUUCCUGUAUUAGCUAGGAUAACCCAUUUCCCUAAUCCCUUAAGCCGCGCACGCAACGUACUCUCUUAAUUAUUAUUUAGUAUUUAAAUAAAAAGCGUUUCACGUUUAAGAUUUAGUGUGCACAGAGCUCGUAUUGCCGUAUUUUAAAUCAAAUGAUGAAAUAAUUUGUACAUUUUAGAUUGUUGAUCAAUGUGUAAAGUGAAACGUGUUUUUAACUGUUCUGUUAAGACAUUACUGUUUUUAUGACGUUAGUCAAAUAAAGUGUAUAAAGCAUACCAAGAUACCAAA